UCCGUCCUCCGCUUUGACUGACUGAAAAGCAUACGCAUGCAUGUUGGGAGGGAUAUGGCCUGACCAGGCGCAUAAUAAGCUUGAUGCUGUCUGAUAUUCUGAUUUACCGCUAUUAUUAUUGAGCUACAGCUUACAGGCAAGCCGGAUCAAAUCCCGAUAAGAUAAGAGAGAGGGGACCCAAAAAGUGCGGAGGCCGUCGACCUGGCGCGGGUUUCGGAGGUGGCCGAUAAGGACCUCCCCAUCCUCUUUCCUCCCUCCCCUUCGCCCCAAGGGCGAGUCAAAGCUGCGCCAACUUAAAGACGCUUUUGAUCCCCGGUUGUACGAUCGUUUUUCUGUGUACCUGCAUACCCUGCACAUUUGCUCUUGCAAUCGGACAUUUUCCUCUACCUCCCUGUUUCCUUCAAACAUGUCUUCCCCCAUCACUGCGGCCCGCUACGGCAAGGACAAUGUCCGAGUAUACAAGGUCCACCGGGACGAGAAGACGGGCGUCCAGACUGUCGUCGAGAUGACCGUCUGUGUUCUCCUGGAGGGAGAAAUUGACACCUCUUACACCAAAGCCGACAACAGCGUCGUCGUCGCCACGGACUCCAUCAAGAACACGAUCUACAUUCUCGCGAAGCAGAACCCCGUGACGCCGCCGGAGCUCUUUGGCUCGAUUUUGGGGAACCACUUCGUGACCACGUACCCGCACAUCCACGCGGCGCACACCUCGAUCGUCACGCACCGGUGGACGCGCAUGACCAUCAAUGGCAAGCCGCACCCGCACAGCUUCCUGCGCGACGGCGAGGAGACGCGCAACGUGCAGGUGGACGUGGUCGAGAAUGCCCAGGGAAUCAACAUCGACAUCCGCUCCGCGCUGGCCAAGCUGACCGUGCUCAAGAGCACCAACUCGCAGUUCUGGGGGUUCGUGCGCGACGAGUACACCACGCUCCCGGAGACCUGGGACCGCAUCCUCAGCACCGACGUCGACGCCACCUGGCAGUGGCAGCGGUUCGCGGGGCUCGAGGCCGUCCGCGCCGCCGUGCCCCGCUUCGAUGCCACCUGGGCCGCCGCCCGCGAGAUCACCCUCAAGACCUUCGCCGAGGACAACUCGGCCAGUGUUCAGAACACCAUGUACAAGAUGGCCGAGCAGAUCCUUGAGCGCCAGCCCCUGCUCGAGACGGUCGAGUAUGCCCUGCCCAACAAGCAUUACUUUGAGAUUGAUCUGAGCUGGCACAAGGGCCUCAAGAACACCGGCAAGGAUGCCGAGGUGUAUGCACCCCAGAGUGGACCCAAUGGUCUCAUCAAGUGCACGGUUGGUCGCAAGUCCAAGGCCAAGUUGUAGUGCAGUGUAAUUCUUUGGUCUUGCUAUUGCUAUUGUCGUUUUUUUUUUUUUCC